AUGCUGCAGUUGCUUCGGCGGAUGGGCCGUCGGCGGGUGGCCAUGCUGCUGGCUGUCAUGGGAGCAACGAUCGUGUGCGUUGGGAUGGUCCAGCUGCACCUGCUGAUGACCACUUCGAGCGGAGGGAGCGCAGGCGAUGCAUCCAAUGCAAACAACUGCUUGCCAUGCAGCAGCCAUCUUCAGAUGCAGCAGCAGCAGCAGCUGCCGGUGGGCGCGACGGCAGACUCGAGCGACGUUGCAUUUGAGGCCGCAAUGUGUCCCAAGCCAGUGAGCACCGGCCCAAAGCCACGGCCAGCGCGCUCGCUCGCCAUCAUCCUGCUGCCAGAGGCAUUUGCAGACAUGGCCACAGCGCUGGCUGCAGUCUCGUCGAGCGAGGAGCUGGCCACCCGAGCAUCGUCAUCCUCAUCCUCAGCGGGCAGCUCCCUCCAGUCCCGCCCACCUGGAUUCAGCAAGGCAUUCGAGUCCGUCGACGAGCUGCGGCGGCAUCGCAAGUUGGCACAAGUCCACUCGAGAAACAAGCAGAAAGAAUUGGCGACGUCUGGGAUGAUGCGAGCAAACAGCUCGGCGGAUGUCAUCCCAGUGCCACCGCAAAGCACCAGCAGCGAUGAUCUGCAGCUGCUGCCGUUCACCCUCUUGGGGUUUGAGCUCGGCGAACAGCUGCCAUAUCCACUGUACUUGCCAAGACCGUCAAAACAACAGCUCAACAACCGCGUCAAGGACAAGCGCGAUGCGUUUGUGCAAGUCCUGGCGGACGGCAUUCGCGCCGAGAUGCGCAAAUCGCUCGGGCCGCUUUCCAUCCAGUUUAUUGGCCUUGUGCCGCACGACAGCCCAAUUGACGCCAUGGAGCUUCAAGACACAUUCACGGCUGCCUAUCUGGAAGCCGAGCCAGCGAUGGCGCAGAGUUUGGCUGGUGACGACAAAGCCAGAGCGCGUGGCCAAGCCGCGGCGGCUGCCUCUGCUGCAGCGCGCGCAUCCGGAAAAAGCGUGUCCGAUUCCACCAAGGCUGGCGCAGAAGCAGCUCGGGCACUCGGUCCGGUGACAGCCAAGGAUCUCGACCCGUUGGAUCGCGUCCCCGUCACCUUGCGAAUCGUCAAAAUGCCAGCAACAUCCAAGCGUCUCGAGUUGCAGCGCAAAGCGCGUGAAUUUAUGCACUGGCAUUCAUCCAAUCGAGGGUCGGCUGCCACCGCAUCUCCAGAAUGGCGACUUUUAUCGCAACUGCCGCAGGUCGAUGUCCGCGACGCACUUGAAGCGGCGCUGCCCGUCACAACCGCCAACUAUGUGACCUGGGUGAACAGCAACCAACUCUUGUUUUUCAACUUUUCAUCCAUCCUCACAUCAACUCUUGUCGAGUAUAGCGAGGCAGAUGUCGCCUACGCUUUCGGUGUCCCUCAAGAAGACGAUGCGGGUGGACGUGAAGGCUUUGAAGAGUCGACCAUGACCUCGAUCUCGUGCUUUCCGUUUGCCACCUGCCGCACAACCGAUCAAGUAGCGUUCGCCAUGAACACCACGUGCGCUCGCGCCGUGAUUGCAGAUCAAGCUACGGGAGACAUGCAGAGUUCUUGGCAUGGCGAGGUGUUUGUAUGGCAGCGUGUUCGGGAGCUGUGUCGCCCCUUGGUGCACGUACCUGGCACCGUCAUGACGCAGCGCACUGAUCAACAACGGACGGACGAGUUGCUGCAGAGCAUCCAGGUGGACGACCCUUCGAUCAAACCGCCAGAGAAACAGGCUCGACUCGCACAGCUGGUAGCCAAGCAGGCCGAGUUUACGCGCAAUGUGAUUGCAAUUGCAAUGCGCAAGGCACUCAUCCCGCUCAACGAUGACAUGUACCACGUCUGGGGCGACAUGUCUGCGUUCUUGAGCCCCGCACUGGGAUUUACCAUCGAUCGCGCCGCAGCUGAAAUGCAAAUCCAGCUCGAGACGGGUCUGCGCCUCUGGAAUUCCGGCGUGGCAGCUUCGGUGACGUCGUCAGCUCCCGGUACGACUGCUGACUCUGGCAGCAGCAGCAGCAACAACAACAACAACAACAAUAAUAAUGCUGUUGAUGACGUGUGCUGGCGCUUCCGUGACUGCUAUGUCGGAGAUCAGGUGAUUGACGACAGUCCAGCGGGCCAAACAGCCGCGCAAAAAUCUGCAACGGAUGCUCGUCGCUUUGUCUCCAACCUGUGCGGAAUGGCACUGGCCUUGUGUCAGGCUGAUAACAAGGCGCCGCUGCUGGCCAAGAGCACCCUCUCUUUGGUCGAGAGUUCUGUACUGCACAGCGGAUCCGGUCUGGACUGGGUGCCGUUUGAUCUGGCCCAAACGGCAGUCGCUAUGGCUGUUUCCGUGGCUGCCAUGACGCCUGGAGAUGCCGCUGCAUUCGGAGUACCCGUUGCAGCAGGGCGGCAAGCGUCCUCAUCGACGCCCGCCGACGCUGUCGCUGCGGUGCUUGCCGCUGUUUCAUCGAUUGAAAGUGCGCUGCGCUCGACUGAGCUGUCGCGCCGAAACCGUCUGUAUGCCAUGAGUUAUGUUCGUCCACCAACCGAGAUUCUGGCUCCUCCUCGCAAGCGCGUCCUCGCAGUCAUACCUUCUGACCCUCUGCGCGCGUACGAGGACAAAGGACGCGCUGCACUCUUGGAAAACUACUACAAUCCCGCCGGGUUUUUCGACGAAGUGUACUUGCUCUCGCCUCUCGAGACGGUCGAGCGGUAUCAGUACGGCAUGCACAUUAUUCCAACCUUGCCGCACGACAUCCCUUCGCGUCUGAUCCAGUACAAGGUGGACAUUGUGCGAGCCUACGGGGGCUACUGGGCCUCCGACGCCGCCGUCUACAACAGCCUUCCAGGCGUCAAAGUGGUCGUCUCAAUCCACGAUUCAAACCCGCGUCUGCUGCACAGCUCCAUCGCGCAAGCCGACUAUGUCAUGACUGUCAGUCGAGCGCUGGAUUCCAUCCUGACCCAGCGAGGGGUCAACCCCGACCGAAUCUUCCCGUACUCCAACUCUGUCGAUCUGGCCGUGUUCAACCCGCAGCCCGAAUCUGGACGGGCGGCUUUUGAAGCAAAGUACCCUGGAUUCAAGUAUCGCAUCCUGCAUGUCGGUCGCAAAACAGCCCAAAAGAACGGCGACACUCUGCUGAAAGCGAUGCAAAUCCUUGGACCCGACUACAUGCUGAUUAUGAUUGGAUCCAGCACAAGCGAUGCCAACUUUUUCGCCAGUCUGCAGGACCUGGUUGCGCAAGAAGGCCUCCAAAAACGCGUCGUGAUGCUUGACGGCGUGGAGAACUCUGAGCUUGUCAAUUUCUACUCGUUUACGGACGUCUUUUGCACGCCUAGCCGAUGGGAAGGCUUUGGGGUGGUGUUUGUCGAGGCGCUCGCCGCGGGCGCGGUGGUCGUCACCUCGGACAUGUCUCCGGUCAACGAAAUCAUCAAACACGAGGAAAACGGCUAUCUGGUGCGCGACUAUACAAAUCCACAGGCGCUGGCUUCCGCCCUCGAGUACGCCGCCACCAAUGCCGCCUUCCGCGACAAGAUGAAAAUCAACGGACCUCGAACAGUGCGACGGUUUGCCGAGCCGCGUCAGCGACUGGCCGAAGCGGCCAUUUACCGCAUGAUUUACGAAAGCGACAUUCCAGUCCGUCCGCCUGUUCAGCGUCCACCGGGCCAGUUUGACAUCCAGCUAGGAUUCAAGAACUACCUGAUGGGCUUUUCGUUUUUGGAUCCCAUUACGCUCAGUUCGUCUGUCUGUGUCUCCUCCCGUCUGAGUUUAUCGUCUGGCGACAUGAUGUGCGACGGGGUACAUGCAAUGCCCAACGCGGCGAAACUGCCUUGGCAUCCGCGCACUGCGUACGAUCUGGCCCUUCCCGUCCAUGCUGUGCCGCUCGAAAUCUUCGAGCACAUCGAUUCCCUUUUGCGCUGGCCAAUCACCACCGCUGUUGCCGAGGAUAUUGACCUUGCAUUUGAGCCGUUUGUGGUUCCAACCAUGUAA